GCUCCACAGCAAACACGCGACGUCCCAUAUAAGCAUACCAAGAACAGAGCAGGGAACAGUCAUUCAGCAUCAGCAUCGCAUUCAAUUAGCAUAUUUCACCCUUCGCCUUCUUCAUUUGUCAACCACAGUACCUCUGUCUCUUCAUGCAAUAGCUGCCAUCAGGUCUCGACAUACACAGCAGCAGUCCUUGAGCAGUAUACCCCGGUAGGAGCGAACUUACAUGGGCUUCAUCACACGCGGGGACUUUGGCAACGCGUACCAGAAGAUCAAAUCGGUUUCCAUCUCGGGAUCAUGUCCGGUCUUGCUGUUCGUCUCUCUGGAUGCGGACGCGUUGUGCGCCUGCAAGAUGCUAUCGGGCAUGCUCAAAGCAGAUUAUAUCCCCCAUGAGAUUCAUCCGGUAACAGGAUGGGACGAUCUAAGCGUUGCACGGGAAAGGCUAAUCGAGAACAAUAUUGAUCUACGGUAUAUCUUCAUGCUGGGCUUCGGUAAUACCAUGGACUUGUGCGAUCUCUUUCCUGUCAGACCCGAUGUGGUUGUGUACGUCAUUGACUCUCAUCGUCCGUACAAUCUUGCAAACUUAUUUGGUGAACACGAUAACAUCAAAGUGUUUGACGAUGGAGAAGUGGCUGAAUUGGGCAGUGAGAAGAAGGCCAUGCAGGCCUUAUUUGAUAUGGAGAAGGAAGGCCUGCUUGGUGAGAAUGGAGAGUUGAGCGAUACGGACGAUGAAGAUGAGGAGGACAGCGAAGAUGACGACGACCGCGACAAUGGCGGAGACAACGGAGCAGAUGAGGAGGAGGAACCUAUGUCAUCAAAUGGCAAGCGAAAAUCCCCUUCGGCAGACUCGGACCAGGACGAGGAUGAUCCAGCCGAUGAAUCUGACUCUGCAGAACCCCCUCGUCAGCGACGCAAGACGUCUCCGACAACAUCAGCGCCUGCGACACCUCAGAAAAAGACCGGUAAUCCCCGGAAAGAGCUGCGGCGAGUGUACCGCAAAAACCUCACAAGGGUCAAUGAAUACUAUGGCAGAGGAUCGUGGUUCGGCGAGGGCGCUGCCGCAUUAGUAUUUUCUAUGGCGUCAGAUCUUGGACGUGAAGACAACGAGAUGCUGUGGUGCGGAAUUGUCGCUCUGGCGUACCAGCAAACGCACGGUCGUGUGAAAAGCGAUGAGCAGUACGAUCAGUACUACCUUCAUUACAGGGAUGAAGUACAACGCUUGAACCCUCCUAAUCUGAGCCAUAGUUUGCGAAGUCGAUUGGGAUCGAAAAAGUCUGCAAGUGAUACAUCUAUUCGAACGGAACAAGAGUUCCGGUUCAUGAUGGUGCGGCACUGGUCGCUUUAUGAUGCAAUGCUCCAUUCACCGUAUCUCGCUACCCGGUUGCAAAUUUGGGAUGAGACGGGAAUCCGACGUUUUCACAAGAUGCUUGCGAAAAUGGGAUUUUCACUACAGCAAUGUAGGCAGACCUACACGCACAUGGAUGUUGAUCUGAAGCGUGCCCUAAAGGAUACUUUGCAGAAAGUUAGUCCGGUGUAUGGCUUGGAUGAUGUCGAAUAUCCUAGUUUCGUCCGAGAAUGGGGAUAUAAGUGCACCUUAAGUGCCAGUGAUGCCGCGUACGCUCUAAGUGCCCUUCUCGAAGCUGGAAAGGGAGGUGUAAAGAAUCCACUGGCAAAUGGAGGACCCAAGCACAACGAGAAUGCGUCGAAUAACCCCACGGAGAAACGAGACGAGGAAGAGGCGGCCCAAGAAGAUAGCUGGAUUCAGCACUUUUGGGAUGCUUGGGAUGCACUAAGCAGUGUUGAUGCCCUGCGAAAAGCUUUGACCACUGCAAUGGAUUUACAGCGUGCAAUUGUCCGCACUGGUACUUCAAUCAUUGAUAAGCGUGGGAUCAAGCGCCUGCAGUCCUUUCGCAUGGCUGUUGUCAGGGAAGGCCCUGAUGUCUUGAUCUUGGGUCAUCCGGGCGCGUUGACGAAGCUUGCGCUUUGGGUGGCCGAAGCGAUCAACGAGCAGGAGAAGGAACAUGGGCGUGUCAACACUCUUCCUUUCGUCAUCGCCCUUCUCAACGAAGCGACGGACAGUUUCCUGGUUGUUGGAACUGACACUGUAGCCCCAAAUUCUCCAGUUGGUGCACGACAGAACAAAUUUGGCAACGCGUUCCACGAGGUAUCUCAGUCCAAUGCAGCGCGCAGCCGACUGAAGGGUUUCGAAGCCAGCGUUGUCGAAGUGAGAAGAGAAGAUGUCGGUCCCUUCUUCGAACAGUUGAGCAUGCACGCAUUGCGGUAGUCGAUGUCGGCAAUUGGACGGUAUUUUCGGCGUUAUCUUUGAGUUAUGUAUGGGGUUGUGGGCUUUGCAUGAUUUGGUUGCAUAUUUGGCCGUGUGCAUGAAAGUUUGGGUUAUACCAGGUUGUCGGUGUCUGUCCUAGCGAUUCAUAAUUAGAGAAUUCAUAACCACGUUUGUGCAGAAUGUUAGCCAAUUCGUUCGGCGGAGGUUUAGUCAUUAGCGGAGUUAGAUAUAAUGGCCUCUGUAUGGCAAAAUCCCUACGUAUAUGAAAAUCAAGGAUC